AUGAUUCGGAACGGGCACAGCGGAUCCUCCACCGAGCGGGCCCCCGGGAGCAGGCGGCCGGUCCGGGUGUGGUGUGAUGGCUGGUGAGAGACGGGGGUAAUCCGGGUAGUGAGGCUCCCUGGCUACUGUCACUUUAAAUGUCCCUGUACCAUGACGGGGGGAGCAGUAUUGGGGCUUCCUGGUUACUGUCACUUUAAAUGCCCCUGUAACAUGACCUGGGGAGCAGUAAUGGGGCUCCCUGGUUACUGUCACUUUAAAUGUCCCUGUACCAUGACCUGGGGAGCAGUAUUGGGGCUCCCUGGUUACUGUCACUUUAAAUGCCCCUGUCCCUGUAACAUGACCUGGGGAGCAGUAAUGGGGCUCCCUGGUUACUGUCACUUUAAAUGUCCCUGUAACAUGACCUGGGGAGCAGUAUUGGGGCUCCCUGGUUACUGUCACUUUAAAUGCCCCUGUCCCUGUAACAUGACCUGGGGAGCAGUAAUGGGGCUCCCUGGUUACUGUCACUUUAAAUGUCCCUGUAACAUGACCUGGGGAGCAGUAUUGGGGCUCCCUGGUUACUGUCACUUUAAAUGCCCCUGUCCCUGUAACAUGACCUGGGGAGCAGUAUUGGGGCUCGCUGGUUACUGUCACUUUAAAUGUCCCUGUAACAUGACCUGGGGAGCAGUAUUGGGGCUCGCUGGUUACUGUCACUUUAAAUGCCCCUGUCCCUGUAACAUGACCUGGGGAGCAGUAUUGGGGCUCCCUGGUUACUGUCACUUUAAAUGUCCCUGUAACAUGACCUGGGGAGCAGUAUUGGGGCUCCCUGGUUAGUCACUUUAAAUGCCCCUGUCCCUGUAACAUGACCCUGGGAGCAGUAAUGGGGUUUCCUGGUUACUGUCACUUUAAAUGCCCCUGUAGCAUGACCUGGGGAGCAGUAAUGGGGAAAUACCUGAAAUCCACUAAUCUAUGGGAUCCACAUUUUAUAUACUGAUACAGAGUACAUGCAUAAUGUGUCUGGGAUCCACAGCUUAUAUACUGAUACAGAGUCCAUGCAUAAUGUGUCUGGGAUCCACAGCUUAUAUACUGAUACAGAGUCCAUGCAUAAUGUGUCUGGGAUCCACAGUUUAUAUACUGAUACAGAGUCCAUGCAGCAAUGUCUCUGGAAUCUUAUAUUAAACAGAUUAUUCGGGAAUCAUUCCUAGUCCCAAUGAUGGCUAUGGCAUUAUCUAUUUUAUUCCCCCCUUAUUUUUACUCUGAUUCUGUGGGUUAUUCAGGAAUCCUUUCUAGUCCCACUGAUGGCCAUGGCAUUAGUCUAUUUUAUCCCCCACCCCUCCCCCCUUAUUUUUACUCUGAUUCUGUGUUUGGUUUAACACCUGUCCCUCGGUUUCUGAUACACAAGGUUACCCAUUAUGUGAAAUGUCAGAAGUUAAUAGAAUUUUACAUUGUAGGCGAAAAGAUCUGAACAGAAUAUGUUGGCUUUUUGGAUGUUUAUUUUAUUUUUCGCCCCAUUAUUUGUCUGUUUCGGACUAUAAUGUAAGACAUGAUUUUGAAUUCUAGACAAUUUACACUUGGAGAAUACAUGUGUGUAUUUCCCAUGUGUUUAUUAUGCAAUCCCCUCCCCAACACAACCUGCCCGGCUUGUGCAGCUCACACCUGUGUUUUUGGCCCCAGGGCGGUGUUAAAGAAUGUAAUUGCUCGGAGUCUGUACAGGAUAAAAUUAUUGGUGUAACGAUACACUAUGUAUUUCUCACAGGCCAAGCCUCUGUGCACCUGCUAGGGUACGGUUUAUUGCCACAUUCUGACACAUCUCCUAAUGUUUAAUCGUGAAAUCUUUUACCCUAAUACUGCAGGUCAGGCCGUACAAUAACAAGAGCCACGUAUCAUGUGAUUCCGACCUUUGUCCACCUGUCAGUACGUUGUAAAUACACACAGAAUAUUGUCAGAUAAGCCCGCCUCGUCCUGUUAAACAUCCUUGUGGAAAAAUCCAAUAUUAAUUUUACACACCGUAACAUGAGGAAAAAACUUGGCUUACUGAACCUUGUCCUGUCCUUUGUCCUCACUUGAAGAUAUUAUUUUUGGCUGGCAGAGAAUUCUGUGAAAUGAAAUUAAUCCAGUGGGCCAUCUAUGGACACCCCUGUUGUAUUGCCCAUGUAGUUAUUGUUUUGCCCUUUUCCUGUAAUCAGUUUCUGUGCCCAUAUCUGUAGAGGAAUGUGUUCAUUCCCCCACCUUUACACUGAAUGGGUUAAUAACCUGCUAUUCUGGACAUUAGGUCAGGGCAUGUUAGUAUAAGAAUCGAAAAAUGGAAGACUACCACCCACAGCCCUAUACUUUGCAUUUAGCUUUGUGUGUAGGCAUUAAGACUUUAGUGUUUUACAUUCCAGGUGGAGCCAAAUUCUAAAAUUGCCAUUGUACAGUGAGCUGUUUAAUUCCUACACACCCACUGCUCCGGGCAGUGAAAUCCAUGCCAAAUCUGUUACCUCUGCAGCUUUUACAGAACGAUGGCACGAGAAACCGCCUUGGGGGGGGGACUGUAAAUUAUCCAUUUUUUUUUCUCAAACAGGCAUUGUGAUGAACCAACAAGGAAAACUGCAAUUUAUCGGCAAGAAUAGCUUGAUUUGGAGAAAUUCUCCAACUCCUAAAAUGUGCCAUUCUGUAUGAUUCACUGUGUACUGAAUAAUCCUUCAGUGUGUAAUGUACACAAGGUUGGGAAAAAGCUUUGUAUAAUUUAUAAGCCAGCUAGAAUAUUCUAGUAGCCAUGACCAAAUGCUUCUGUGGAAUUUACAUUCCAACCAUGUGUAACUUUAAAUGGUGCUUUAAAAUAUUUAUGUGGUGCUCCCAUAUUUAGGGGUUCAAAAUUUUCAAGCCGAUGCAGAAAAGAUAAAUUAAAAGUGGGUUUUGCAUUAUCUUACCCCUUAAUGUAAAACGUUCACUCUUAUUUUAAAUAAAGCUACAUGUAAUAUUUUUUUGUAAUACAUAUUGGUAAAUACACUGUAAAAGUGGUAUCUCGUGGUGUACCCUUGCUCUCUGGUGGUGGCAAUCUUUGCAGUUCUUUUGGGUCAGAAGUUAUUUUAUUUUGUGGCGGACAGUUGGCUCAGACAGUGUUAGAAAUGCCUAGUGUUUUAGAAAUGACAUUGUGAUGUAUGAUCACACACUACCUCUGUUAUCUAUGUGUUCUUUGGUCAGACAAACAGUGCUUCUGACCCGAGAGGACUUAAAGAACACCGCCCCCACGGAGCAAGUAUAAAUAACUGAUUUUCUUCCAUUCGCCUACAGUGACCUUUUUAAUUAUCAAAGUGUAAGAGGCCUUUUAGUAUUGGUUUUAAGUCUGUGUUAACAUUGCCUUUAAUGUCAGACAUGUUCUGCUUUCUAAAUCUGUUCUGUUUUUAAACUGUUCUUAAUGUAUUGUAAUAAAGUUUUAAUUUAUCAGAAUCUGUCUACUUAAAUGGGAAUGUUGUGAGGUUUUUUUUUUUUUGUUUUUUUUAAAGUGUUUAUUUAAAAAUUAAAAAAACUUGUCCGUAUACGGCCCUCAAUAUAUUGUGACUGAAUUUUAAUGCUGGUCUCCUCACCAAGUGGAUAUUGAAUACCAUGAGAUCUGUAGCUAAUAUUCUCCAUGUAUGUAUAUUCAGGGCUCAAAAUAUCAAAUUGUAGACUACCAGCCUCUCAUGACCCUUAUUUUCAUGCAGCAAGUUCCUGUGUUAGUGGAGAGAUGCACUUCAAAAUUGAUUAAUUUGGGAGAUUUCUCAAAGGUUGAAUUAAGUGGUGGAGUUACUAAUAGAAUGUACCUGUUUAUAUGGUGAUUGCUCCACAUUUUGCACUUUGUACACAUGACCGAUGGGUAAAGAGUUGAAUUGGCUCUGCUGCCUUGUGUAUUUUACAAAGACCUCAGAAGGUGACUGCUCCAUUUCCAGGGUAGUGGCCUGGGGGUGCAGGAAAAGGUAACUUUAACGUAACUGAACCUGUUCCCCACGGCUGCUGUCAUCUUCUACCACGAGUUCCUUUUCAGGUCCUGGAGCUUCGUCUGCCAGGAGCCGGUUUCAGCGCUGUACCCGCGUGCAUGCAUGAGAGUGCAAUACUUAUGUCUAUGGAGGAUCUGCGGGAUUCUCCAUAGACAGAGCAUUUUCCUUUCUGCUGUCAAUAUUAGCAAUAGCUUUGCUUUCUGUCAAGUUUUGUCAAUUGUUUGAAAAUAAAUAAAUAAAAUGCAUAAGACAAAGUCCCUACACCGCCCUUAUCAUUUUCUAAAGCUUUCAUAUUUAUGAAAUGCUCACUAUUAUUGUUGGGAUGGAGGGAGAUUAAAGAGACCCUGUUAGCAAGUGUAGUGCUGGGGAACUUGUUGCCAUAUUGUUUGUGGCCUACAUUUCCUACAAUGCUCUGCCAGCCUCAAGGUUUACCCUUACUGCACUCAUCGGUCUGUGGAUUUGCCACCUUGAGACAUUCAUUCCGUGUACAUCCAGAAGUUACGGAUACCUUAGGCAUUUUAUUUUUCAAACUCUAAAAUAGUUUUGAGGUUAUUGUAGGUGUUGGGGAGUAUCUUGCAUUUGAACGCCCUGGCCUCGUGCCUUUUUUCAAAUUCUGCCUAAUUGUCUCACGUGUCCUGUGUUCACCUCCCUUGUUAAACUGCCAGGACAUAGCCGCGGCUGUGAAAUGGAGCAAAGGAAAUUAAUAGGGAGAGAAAUUAAUGGAAAAACAGGUAAAAAUGGACGCCCUGCUGAGCUUUCAGAGAGGUGAAAGGUUGGCUUUAAUGAGUGUAGCGGGUCAAUUGCUGACUUGGUAAACUGAUCACAUCCUUUCUGGGUUUUAAUGACACUUUCUCGCUGGCUCUUUCUCUGCUCUGCAUUCAAUGUCCAUCAGGGACUUGUUUACUAAACACUUAAUUGGAAGUCAAAAUUGUAUAGUUCUGGCUACAGUUGCAAAGGUGUGUAAUAAGGGAUAUGGAGAACUUGUUCCUAAAUCUGCUGUUUGUGCUUGCUUUUUGCAGCAUGUUAUUUCAAUCUACCACAAUUCACUGUCUAUUGAAUAAAGCACUUCAAGCGAUAUGGCUUCCAGGCUAGAAUCGUGUUUAUACAAACCAGACCGCUUCUAAAAGCCUCGGCGGUAAUUGCGUUAUUUUGGGAUUUAUUCAAUAAUUCUUGAGAUGUGCUUCUUUGAAAACCAAAUUAUAACAUCUAAACUAAAAUAACAUAUCUUCUAUUUGGCUUACAUUAACGCUCACUGACAAAAAUAAAAAACACUGUUUGUUAUUUAUCCUUGUUAAUAUUCUGUGGCUUGGUGCAGAAGCCGACUACAAAUCCCUUCACCCACAGCUUGUUUGGUUUUGUAACGUCCGGAUACUCCACAAUUAGUCAGCUUUAGUUAUAUGAUAUCCUCCCCUAUCAUCGAUUGGCUUCUCUCACUAGAGUUCGGCACAGAUUUAUGGGUAAUGUAGCCAAAGUGGGGCUAGUCUGUCACAAUUAGUACUAUGUUUGUGUCAUAGGUGAGAAGACUGGUAGGUGGGUGUGAGAGGUGUGUUUUGAUGAUGAUAUUUUGGUAUAUUAAUUAAGCAUACAUGCACAUGUCUUUUAAAGAAUGUGGGGAAUAAUGAAAUGUGUAUAUACACAGAUUAGUGAUGGCUAACCUUGACACUACAAAAGCUUGUAAACUACAUUUCUCAUGAUGCAUAGCACGCGUGUUCUCCCAGACACAACCUGCAUCGAUCAUUGGGAAUGCAUGUCUACUGGUCCUGUGAUGUCAGUAGGGCGCAGUGUAUGUGUGCCUCUGUCUAACGAUUUCUUUCACAUGCACAGAACAAGCCCUGCUUUUGUGGACUUCCUGUAAUGAUUGAGCCAUGAGAUAAAUAUUGGAGUCGCUGAUUCCUGGUGCUGAUAUGGGGUUGUAGAAACCCUAAUCAAUGUAAAAUGACGUGAUCUCUGUCUCCGCAGCCAGAGACUCCAUAUACUGUUAUUGUGGACUCCAUAGGCCAGGUCAGUCUGUUUAUUAUAUCACAUGUACAGAGGGCAACGUGCGGAUGAUGUAACUCCUUGUAUUAGCAGUUAGGUCUAUAACAUUGCAUCACUGUUUCUGUAUCCAGCCGCCAUCAUUACAUUCAAUGUCAACCCUUAAAUUGGACUUUUUGUGUGUGUUUUCAGCUUUGAUAUGGUUCAUUAUGGGCAUUCAAACCAGCUUCGUCAGGCUCGGGCCAUGGGAGAUUACCUGAUUGCCGGCGUACACACAGAUGGUAAGUGCCACCUGGGUGUGUCUGCUGUAGAUUACAGGAUAGAAGCCAUUAGCUCUCCAGCUGCUUUCAGCUACAACUCCAGUUCAGGAGAAUCCGCUUGUAGAAAUAUAACCCUAGUAACACGCUCUCGUUAUUUAUUGACUAGUAUAUCGUGUUUAUCAAACUUAUACUGAAUUCCAGAAACACGACGAGAUACAUCAUUGUCCUCCGUGCCACUGAUCAGUAGCUCCCUUUUAUUAAAGUUCUGUUUCUUGACCUUGAUCAUCCUUUAACAAUUUGUCUAUCGCUCAUGGCUUGAUACCAUUUGAAGCAUGGUGACCUUGUUUAUAACUAUUGGUGACACUGAACUUUUCCUAAAACGUGUUUGCCGCUCCCUGGAUAUAGAAAACAUUAACCAUUUACUCUGCACAGUCUGCCCGUUUCCUAGAAACCAUUAACGAGUGGUACAUCCCAUUGUUAUUGAAGUAUUUACUAUUUAUGAUAUUUUGUUGGCUACCAAAUCUGCUAUAAGAAUCCACAGUUAUACAUUUCUGUCUUUCAAUCCCUGAUUUUCAUUCCUUCAUAAGAUCUCACUGACUUCUUUCCUGCGUCUAGAGGAGAUUUCCUGUCACAAGGGACCCCCGGUCUUCACGCAGGAGGAGCGCUAUAAGAUGGUGCGAGCUAUUAAAUGGGUGGAUGAAAUCGUUCCCGGAGCUCCAUACGUGACAACACUGGAAACACUCGACAAAUACAACUGUGACUUCUGUGUCCAUGGAAGUACGUGAAAUGGAUUGGUGGGGAUCAGAACCAAUUUGAUGGGCUCCAAGAACCACAUGAUGGACUCAAAACACAACUUAACGUGGUUAGAUGAAGGAAAGAGAACAGGUUUUAAGUCUUUGUUCUUUUCCCUUUACCUCAUCACGUUAUGUAGGGUGCACAGUAGUUUGUCUUAUUUAAACCGAGCAAGGCUUGGUUGGCUGUUAUACGCCUCGGUAGUGACACGGUGAGGUGUAGCACAACUGCGCCCGAAAAAUGGUACUCACGCAGUUAGGGUUAUUGAGGGCAGAUUCUAGGACAGGUAAUAUUUAGGACCGACCUGUAUAGUUUUGCUGUGAUAGAAGGAGAUUAAUGGCUUCAGCUUUAUUUAGUUUAUCUAUAGUGUGUACCUGUUUCCAGAGCUAAGACACUCGACUAAGGAGAGUAUGUAGGCAUUAUCUAUUUAGUUAACACUGCUAGAGGUACUGUGCAAAUGUUUGUCAGCCGAGGUAAUGACCAAGCUGACUAUAAAUAUGUCUGAGCAUUAGGAAAGCAUGCAUGGUAGAAAUGUAGACUUGAGUAUAUGUUGGAUGCCUUCUAGUGGCCUCUUUGGGCAAUUACACUUUCCAUUACUUUUGAAGACUCAAUACGAUGUAACGAGGGCUUGAAACGUUGAAUUAUCAAUUAUGUUUAGACUUUAUUGUCUAGUCAUUCUGUCUAGUUUCUUUGAAUUUCCACUCUUUCAAGGCAUAAUAUCACUUAGAAUGGACCUUUGUUGCCAUUUUCAUGUUAUUUUUAAAUUUGUAGCUAAUUAUCCUCCAGUUUAGUUUCAUUUGAUUUCAUAGGGACAGUAUGAGCAGCACGCAGAAGUUAGGAGUUAAACUUUGCAGAAAUUUGCCACCUAUGUUUGGAACUCAAAAAAAAAAAAAGCCUGUCUUUGCAAGGAAAUUAAUUUAAAAAAAGAUUCUAGUAGAGGAAGAGCAAUUAGGAGCUUAUCACAGGUCUGACUUCCUUCUCAUCGGCAGAUGAUAUCACGCUGACCGUAGAUGGUAAAGACACGUAUGAAGAGGUGAAGACAGCCGGGAGAUACAGGUCUGUUUGGGUCUGUGGGGGAUUUUCUUCGUUUUGCCUGGGGGGUAGGGAGGGAGGCUGGUGGACAUAGGACUCAUGUGUCUUCUCUUUCAGGGAGUGUCAGCGCACACAGGGAGUGUCCACUACUGACCUGGUGGGGCGCAUGCUGCUUAUGACCAAAACUCAUCACAGUGUAGUAAGUAGUGGAACUGUUGCGUUGUGAUGACACUAAUACUGUUAGCAGCUGGUUCUCGGGCAGUGUGGGACGUGGUGUGAUUCUGUGUAGCAAUAGGGGGGUUAGUAAUGUGUCAAAUGUAGCAAUGUGUGACAUGGCAACAUAGUAAAGAGACACGGUGUCCUGAAACGUUAUCCUCUGGCUGUAAUCCCCCUCUCACCUCCUUUCUCUCUUCCAGGAAGUGAACUCAGAUUACCAGCAGCACAGGGACAAUUUUGGAAAGGUACGCUGUUGUGUCCAGUGGUUACACUUCAUGUGACUGCUGCUGUUAUACGUGGUGUCUUGCUGUGGUUUGUUUGUAUUCAUUUUUGAAAAGAUAUGUCAUCAGGACGCUAGUAAAAUGUCUUAAAAACUGCACAGUUAUUAUUGUAAAAUACCAUUCCAUUGUUUGCACUAUGCCAUAAGAUGGUUACCCAAAAAUAUUCCAGCUCUUAACCCCUUAAGGACACAUGACAUGUGUGACAUGUCAUGAUUCCCUUUUAUUCCAGAAGUUUGGUCCAUAAGGGGUUAAAGCAAUAAAUACAUCAGUUACCAUGACAACACAAUGGCUUUAUCGCCAGAAGUGAUGUUUGUUAAUGCCGAGACGUUGACAGGUGUGCGGUGAACAACAUUGUGAAAAUCGGUGCUGGGGAAAGAGGAAAGGGCUUGCUAAGGCAACAGAAAAAAAUGACAUGGGGGUAUAUCCAGGGUCGGACUUACAGCAAUCAUAUCCUGAGCCCCAUGUGGUAUACACUUUUACAAAUAUAAAUAGUUACUUUUUUACAAAUUGUGGAAUAUUAAAAAGCUGAUAAUGGAAUAAAAAAAAAAACAAAAAAAAACCUUGGGCGUCGCCUACAUUGUGCAAUUUUUGUCAAUUUUGUAAAUUUUAAUGAAUAAAAUCGUGUGUGUGUGUAUUUUUGUGUUCAUAGAGCGUAAAGAGAAUAUGUAUGAAAGUGUUUUGCUGUUUGACUGUGUGUUGUGAGUGUAGGUACUUGUGUAUUUAUCUAGUACCCCUGCAGAUUUAUAUAUGUGUAACGUUUCACUGUAAAUAUAUGUGUAAUAUCUGUAUGUAUGAAUUCAAUAGCAGUUGAGUGGAUGAAUGCAAGAAUGCGUUUGUGCAUUUUGCGAAAUUAUCUAUUUGUGUCUGUGUGUGUAAUGUGUGUAGUAUGUAAGAGAGUGAUUGGGUAUAUUUAAAAAAACAUUAUUUGUGUGAGGUGUAUCUGUGAGUGUGAGUAAUGCCUGGGUUCUGUUUGCGUAGCUGUGUGAUGUAAGUGUGUGUAUUUUUAAAUUUAUUUUUAUUUCUGGUUCCUUCAUUUACCCCAUGCCUUUAUCAUUCUGGCACCGUCUAACUCCCCCUUACUGCCCCCCACAAUUUUCUCGUUCACUAUAUAACAGUAAUAGCUUGAUUUGUACAUAACAAAUUCAUGUGCUGCCCAUUAAUAUGGAUGUGUGGCCAGAAAUCACUGAUUUUGGAAUCCUAAUCUGCCCACCUAUCUCUUUAUUCCCACCAAUACCAUACAGUCACCCUCCCCAUAUCCCCUUCAUCCAGCCCCAACAGUCUGUCUCCAGUGCAUGGCUGAGCCGUGUGGGAGACCGGAGACAUUCUUCACAUCGCAGCUACGCACUAGGCUGCAAUAGUUGGGGAGUUCCGAUUUCAGUGACUGAUUUAUGGGAGUGCUCAGUCCGCCCCUGGGUAUAUCUACUAAAUACUUUAAAAUGGCAAUGGAGUGUUUCUUUAAAAAAGUAGCUGUGCACAAUUACUGGUAUACACUAACUGAUUAAUGUAAUAAAGGGCACUGUACUCCCUUUACUGGAAUAUAUCCCAGUCAAUGGGUGUGGAUCACUUCCUUUUCAAUCUCAAUAUUAAGUGCAUUAGACUCUGUGUAUCAAUGUAAAGUGCAUUCAUAAUCAGUGCAUGUACACAGAAACCCUUCUAAUGUGUGUCAGUUACUAAAUAAAGUGCAUACUCAGACCAUGCAUGCAAACAUAAUAUCUUUAAUUCUUCAGAACUAAAGAUAGCAACCCGAAGUGACUGUAUGAUGUCACACAUCCUGUAUUGGUAGCCUGAUGUCUAAUUAUUUCAUUUUUUUCUAAUAAAUGGGGUUCAGAGAGUUAGAGCAGAGUUUUUUGGAUAUGAACAGCUGAAGAGGUUUUCUCUUUGAAGCUAUAGAGGGGUGGAGCUAGGGUGUAAAGGUGUGAUUUUGAUUUGUUGAGCUUGCGUUCUAUGUCAGGUAAAUGAUAUCACCAUGAGUUGUGUGGGUGCCUGGAGUGACCAGUGAUUCUGUAAUAGUUUUAAGAAAUAAAAGUCCCAUAAAUAUGUAUUUAACUGAAAACGUCCCCAUCAUUACAGAGCAUGGUAUCCUGCCCCACACCUAAUGUCUCAAUCUGAAUGACCAGGUCAGCGUUGUGCGAUCCUGCAGUCCCAUACUGCUGAUGUGCAUUAAGAUCUGUGCGUUUGUCAAGGUGCAUUAAAACAAAAAUGGUUUAACACUGAAUGGACAGAUGGCGCCAGGGGACUCCAGACACUAUAAGCACUUUAAUAAGAUGAAGCCCUUACAGUGCUCACAGUUUCCUUUUAAUGUAUUUCUUUCUGUUUCCUGUGCAGGACGCACGAGGCUGCAGUCCUUGGACAGGGGUAUCUCAGUUCCUCCAGACAUCACAGAAGAUUAUGCAGUUUGCCUCUGGGAAGGAGCCGGAGCCUGGAGACACCAUUAUUUAUGUUGCCGGGGCAUUUGAUCUCUUUCGUAUCCUUUCAUCAUUAUUUCACUAACACCACCUCCGCACUUUCUGUUUAUGACAUUAUGUCUCUUAGCCCUCUGUAAUCAUCACUGGCACUUUUAGUCUCUUCGAAAUUAUUAGAUCUUUCUAAACAACCCACAAAGACGGAUUAUUUGCCAUUUAACACAUUUAUUUUGAUCUUUGAUCACCUCAUUCCUUUGCAUUUGCCUUCCAUUGGUUAACCUCUGAGAUUCGAGAAUUAAAUAUUUCAUGCUCUUAAUUAUUCUUCUAUUAUAAUUUAUAAUCACAUCUCUUUUCACCAAAUACUUUUAGUAAAAUCCCUGUCCUCCUGUAGAUAGGCAGCUACAACUGAUCCCUGCUUUAUCUUCCUCCCAUGUUAUAUUACUUUAUUUUAUGCAUUUCACAAUGUAUUUCAUCCUACUUCCCCGGUUUUCCCCUUAACUCCUCUCUGUAGACAUUGGACAUAUUGAUUUCCUCGAGAAAGUCCACAGUUUGGCUUCCAAGCCAUACAUCAUAGUGGGGUUGCAUUUUGACCAGGUGAUGAUCGUAUUCCAUAGCUGCGUAGCUCGUGUUUUUAUUUUGCUUUUCCGCUCCCCCCCCACAUUUUUCACAAUGCACAAACAUUCUCACGUGUUGACACUGGAGAUAGAAGCUAUAGGAAGCUGUCACCCAUUGCAUAUCGUCAUAGAUCUGUGGCUAAAAGGUGGAGAACUCCUGAAAUGUAUUAACUUCAAGUAUAGCACUUUUAUUCCCACUCACAUUCCACCUUUUAAUCCCUGUCUCAUUUGUACAUUUGCUGAACCAGUUACUCUUUUUAAUUCCAGGAGGUGAAUCACUACAAAAGAAAGAAUUAUCCUAUAAUGAACAUCCAUGAAAGGACCCUCAGCGUCCUGGCCUGCAGGGUGAGUGACAGUUUGCUGAGAGCAAUGUUUGGCAAGCCCUGGGUGAGGACCCUAAACUGAGUUCCCAGUGUUGGAACACAUCUUAUGCUUCAAGUCUCAGGCAAGAGCCCGUAAUAAAAUGGUUAAUGUAACUGCCUUGCCUUCCUCACCAUGGAGAAUCCCUGAUGUGAAGAGUCCAAUGAAGGGGUUCUGCAAAAUAUAUGUUGCUAUAUCACAAUAGAAUGACUCACUGAGCUAACUCCCUAAUAGAAGAAUGGGAUUACUAAGCUAAUACCAUGCAUGUAUUAGAGGAAGCAAUAUAUAACUCAGCAAGUAAUGGAGCUUGAUGGGACUUCGAGGUUUCCAAUUCAUGGGGCGCUUCUCAUGGUGUUACAUAGUGAGUGUGGUCACUUUGACACACAGUGUUUCUCUCUCUCACUCUUGUCCUGAUCCAACCAUCUGAUUUAACACAUUUGUUUACCCACAGUAUGUGUCCGAAGUAGUUAUCGGGGCUCCAUAUUCCGUGACUGCAGAUCUGAUCGAUCACUUCAAGGUGAGUUACAGUUUGCAGCAGAUAUGUUGGGUUUAGAAGGGGAGUAAGGCAGCUGGCAAGAGGUACAAAAACGUCUUCAAUGUAAAGCCGUAUGAAGUAGCCUGAUCAUGCAGCAUCCUGAUACAAUAACCCCAUUUAUAGAGCCAAAACAAUCUCAAAAUGCUGUGUCCAAUCUGAGCCAACACACUGUUCCUCGUUAAAAAAGCCAAUCGAUUUCACAUAGAAUGUACCCAGAUAUUUUGGGGGGGCUGUCUCCUUGCAUGAGUAAAUACAAAUUAAUAAAAUAAGGUUAUAUGGGAUUCCUAAAGUCUUCAGAGAUGAGUAGCCCUUGGGCUAAUGGGUAAUGACUCACCUGCCCUGACAUUUAGGGUGGAAGUGAUAUGGCGGGGCAGUGGACGAUGCUUUCUUCAAAUUCAUUAUUUUUUCCCCCCUUUAGGUUGACAUAGUUUGUCACGGAAAGACCGAAGUUCUCCCUGAUAAAGAUGGAUCUGAUCCUUAUGCAGUAGGUUUUACCCACCAGUCUGUCCGUCAUUUAAUCCUUUAUUGAAUCAGAAAGGAAAUCCCUCUGUCAGACUGUAAAUUAACUGUUUGUUACUGAGCAAAUGUAUUCAAUCUACUUUUCAGGCUCAUUCACUAAACCAUGGAUUGUCAGGGAUUCACUAACUAUUUCAUUUAAAAUAGCAGAAGUGAAAUAGUUCCUGAAGUCACCAGCUCAGCCAUUUUGGCCUCAAAUUGCAGUUACGGAGAAUUCACAGUUUACCAGGAAAUUAAAGCAUAAAAGGCAGAGUUAUACAAAGUUCUCCUAUUCCGUUUUGUUUCCUGCUUGCUAUUUUCACUCAUUUCUGUAAUUCCAUUUUGAAUUCAUCACAAGUUGCUAUUUUAGGACUGGAGCACCAGCUGGGAUGGAGAAUUUUUCCAGCCUUACAGUCUUGCCCUAAAAUAUGCAAUUUGUUGGUGAUUUUGUAACGGUUCAUGUUUUAAUGAAUAACCCAGGCAGUAAAUUCUGAAUUCACCAAUCACAAGCAGAGCCAUUAAAUUACAUCAUAGCUGAUAACCAGUUGGUGACUGGGUAUUUAAUGAAUAAACCCCACAAUAAGUUAACCCAUCCUGUGCGUUAGUUCAUCGCUCAGUCCAAGUAAGAAGAUCGCAAAUCGCUAAUCCCGUCUGACUGACAGUCACCUUUUCUCACUUUGUCACUGGCAACACCUCUGUCCUCCCCAAAGUGUCACUCACCUGUAGAACUUGUCCUGUCCAUUUUUCUUGAAAAGCUUGCUUAUCCUUUUUUUGAUCUGUUUAAUGCUGUAAUGAUGCUGUAACUCAUUUGGAUAAUCAUAAUUAAUUAUAAAGUAUUACUUUACUGAGAGGGUAGUGGAUGCAUGGAAUAGCCUUCCAGCUGAAGGGGUAGAGGUUAACACAGUGAAGGAGUUUAAGCAUGCGUGGGAUAGGCAUCCUAGCUAUAAGAUAAGGCCAGGGACUAAUGAAAAUAUUUAGAAAAUUGGGCAGACUAGAUGGUCAGAAUGGUUCUUAUCUGCCGUCACAUUCUGUUUCUAUGUAUCUCUUAAUAGAGUCUGCACAUGCUAGUUGUUCUGCCCUCUAGUUGUUUGUAAGAGGAUCUGUAACACAUUACCACAAUACAACCUUUACACCCACACCUGCAUUAACACUAUGACUGUCUUUGCUGCAGGAACCUAAGCAACGUGGGAUCUUCCAGACAGUGGAUAGUGGGAACAACCUCACUACGGACGACAUUGUCAAGCGGAUAAUAAAGAACAGGUCUGAGUGUUUAUUUCUUAACCUGUUGUGCUAUAGUCCUCAGACACAGCUGUGAUUGAUUAAAUCACUGUAUUCUAAACUCCUAACUUUAUCACACGUUCCCCACAGAUUGGAGUAUGAGGCUCGAAAUCAGAAGAAGGAGGCCAAAGAGCUGGCUGUACUCGAAGCUCUACAGAGACGACAGGGACUCAUUGAAGGGUCAGAGAAAUGA